AUGAAUAUCCUGGUGGAAGCUCAGCUAAGGGCAGAGGAAGUUGAGGAAGUAAAGUAUGACAGGGCUUCUAGUACGAUAACGAUGAGGGCAAAUGGAAAGGAAUAUAAAUACAAAAUUGAGGAAAGCAUUGAAACAUACAUUCUCAUUCACGAGCAGCCAGUUUUUGUUAAUAUGCUGGGAAAGGAGGUCAGAGAAUAG